CGUACUGUUCCACGUGCUCCAAAACUGUUCCACGUGCAACACUCAAAAUUAAUGCACUUGCAUAAUUUUCAUAAAACUGUUUGAAUUGACUUUUCGAAUCUUUCGUUCAACUCCCCAAAUCAGCUUAAGAUUAGACAGUUACAUUUUGUGUAUGCCAUCCAUUUUAAAGAGCUAUUCAGUAACGCCAUUGUGGUUGACCGUAUCACAGUUUUCUGUCCCUCAGGUUUGAUAUUUAGUUAAUUUAUCAUCAAAGGUUGUGGCCUAGAGGAUUUUGCUCUCUCUCUUCUUUUAUCGUAUUUGAUCUGCAUACUUUUAUCUUCCGCAGUCAGUUAAUUAACAUACUCGGUACAUACAUAAUGUCUAAAUAUAUUAUUGCGACUCGCUGUUAGAGCCAUUUCGGAACUGCGCUCCCACGCUGUGGUAUGCUUGGGAAAUCUGUAUUCGCGAUUCACUCGCCACUUGUUGUGUUCAUUGUUUUUUAUGCAACAUAUCUUGGAUUAUUCUCACACCGUUAAACAUGCUGCGACUUUGGAUUCUGGAAGCCUUUGUGACCAUCAACACCUUGAUGCUUGGUGUCUGGUCAAUCAAUCCAUCGACCACGUAUCCGUCCAUCAGCUGCUAUAAAUGUGUGGACACGCAGAACAAAGACUGCGACCAGACGCCGUAUGUUCUGCGCAGCGACCCGGGCAGCACCACCACCGCGGACACGUUCCGCUCCGAGGGUGUGCUGGCCUGGCAGUAUCAGGGCCUGGUGCUGCCGCUGAAACCCUACUGCUACACGUACAUCCUGCAGAUUGACCACGGCACCUACGGGAUGUCGGCCAUCCUCGUGCGGGGCGUUGCUUAUCCCGGCGGCAAACCGGAUGUCUGCGUGCCGCAGAACGAGAUCACCAAGGGCGGCAAGGGGAACACGGAGAUUCGCUACCAUUACUGCGACACGCCCUUCUGCAAUACUAUCACCAAAAAGGAUCUGGGGGAGCUGUGCUUCAAAGAUACGUACCGGUCAUUUCAGCAGCUGAAAAGCGGAAAUGCAACGUCCGCUGCGCCUGCGUACACCAGAGUCAGUGCAGUUCUAGCGCUACUAAUCUUUUCCGGCUGCGGAAAUGCACUGUUGAGUGAUACAAGGAUGGGAAUCCUGAUGUUACUCGCUUUCUUUGGAAUUUUUGUGGCACAGGCCAGCGCCCUGCGCUGCUACAAAUGCCAGGACACCCUCUAUUCCCCGGCCGCCGAGGCGCAGACCUGCUACACCUCGCCGGGCCUACUGGGUCCCAGCGCCAUCGUGGACUGCAACGACCGCUACCCACCGCCCAACUCCAUGAUCAUGACGGUGCGGCAGACGGGCUACUGCGCCAUCUGGAUGGAGCAGUUCACGCCCAGUACCGGCUUACAGCGGCUCAAUCUGUUGGGUCGCGGCUGCGUGUAUCCGGGCGGGGAAGACCCGGAUCCCGGCUGUCUGACCAUCAACGCCACCAUGCCCACCCUGAAGGACCGCGUCAUCACGGCCACCUACUGCCGCGACGGGGAUCUGUGCAACGGGGCGACGUAUGUGGCGUUCACCGGCCAGUGUUUCGGCGGCAGCGGCACGACGAUGACCACGAGGGACUUUAAUGCGACUGGUUUCACGAUGCCGAUCACAACGACGACUGCCUUUGUGCCAACACUGGACCCACAGAUUGCCCAGGAAAUAAUUGCUCGUGGAUCCGGCAAUAACACGGGCGUAACACCCGACGCGCCUGGCCAGACGGCCAAGGGAAUCGCCAGUCAGCAUCCGCAUUGUAUUGCCCUCCCACUUUUGAUGGUCUCCAUUAUGAUUGGCUGCCAUUAGGCCGUAUGUCGAUAACGGAUCGGUUCUUAGUUCAGUUUAUGGUGAUUUUGUUGUCCAGCAGAUUCAGAGGAUGUGCAAACUUACUGCUUGCCAGCAACUGCAUGUACCGUAAUAGCUUCAAUUUGUCGUUGCAUUUCUGCAGAGAUCGAAAGUAUCUGUAGUUGUUAUUGUAUCUGCAUGGUUGUCAGUUCUUUGAUUCGCGAUGAGAGCCUCUGGCGUCACUGACUAGUCAACGUCUUUAGGUUGCAUCUAGGGAAAUAUUAAGAAUUAUGAAAUGCA